AUGGGUUCUUCAAUGGCCUCCCUUCUUAUUGCAAUCUUUGUUGUAGCUCUAAGCUUGCCAUCAUCGUUAGCUGGAGAUUACGGUUACUAUUUCUCCCCACCACCACCUUCUACAUAUAAGUCGCCGCCGCCGCCGAUUUACUAUACACCUUUACCACCAAUUUAUAAAUUUUCUCCACCUCCUUUGUACUAUUACUCUCCUCCUCCUGUCUACAAAUCUCCUCCACCUCCAAUCUACCCAUCUCCUCCACCACCAGUCUACCCCUCUCCUCCACCUCCUAUAUACAAAUCUCCUCCUCCACCCGUUUAUCCCUCUCCUCCACCUCCCAUUUAUAAAUCUCCUCCACCCCCAGUAUACACAUCUCCUCCACCUCCUGUCUACAAAUCUCCUCCGCCACCAGUUUAUCCCUCUCCUCCACCACCUGUGUAUUACUCUCCACCACCACCAAUUUACCCAUCUCCUCCACCUCCCACCUACAAAUCUCCUCCACCGCCAGUGUAUCCCUCUCCUCCACCACCUGUGUAUUACUCUCCUCCACCACCAAUAUAUUACUCUCCUCCACCAGUUUACCCAUCUCCUCCACCUCCCACCUACAAAUCUCCUCCACCGCCUGUGUACCCCUCUCCUCCACCACCAGUUUAUCCCUCUCCUCCACCUCCUAUAUACAAAUCUCCUCCACCGCCAAUAUACCCGUCUCCUCCACCUCCCGUCUACAAAUCUCCUCCACCACCAGUAUACUCAUCUCCUCCACCCCCCGUCUACAAGUCUCCUCCACCUCCAGUGUACUACUCUCCUCCUCCACCAGUCUACUCAUCUCCUCCACCUCCUGUUUAUAAAUCUCCUCCGCCGCCAGUCUACCCCUCUCCUCCACCUCCUGUAUACUACUCUCCUCCUCCACCAAUUUAUCCCUCUCCUCCACCACCUAUUUAUAAAUCUCCCCCUCCACCAGUCUACUUAUCUCCUCCACCUCCUGUAUACUAUUCUCCUCCACCAGUUUACCCAUCCCCUCCACCACCCGUUUACUACUCUCCUCCACCACCAGUCUAUUCCUCUCCCCCACCUCCCAUUUAUAAAUCUCCACCACCACCAGUUUAUCCCUCUCCUCCUCCCCCUGUUUACAAAUCUCCACCCCCACCAGUCUACCCUUCUCCUCCACCUCCUGUAUACUACUCUCCUCCACCACCAAUCUACCCCUCUCCUCCUCCUCCCGUAUAUAAAUCCCCCCCACCACCAGUUUAUCGUUCUCCUCCACCACCAGUCUAUCCCUCUCCUCCACCCCCUGUCUAUAAAUCCCCUCCACCUCCUAUGUAUUAUUCCCCUCCUCCACCAGUCUACCCGUCUCCUCCACCUCCAAUCUAUAAAUCUCCUCCACCACCAGUCUAUUACUAUCUUCCUCCACCAAUAUACUACUCCCCACCACCACCAAUCUAUUAUUCUCUAACACCACCUACAAAAUAUAUGUAUAAGUCACCUCCACCUCCAUCAUACUUUUAG